UAAAAGAACACCCAUGACAAACCUGCAAAGUAUUGCUUUUAUUUAUACUUUCUUCGCCUUCAUGUUGUUUGUCUAAACGGAGUUGCCGUCCAUCUUCCCCUGCGGAUUAAGUUCCGUGUGCGUUUCGAGUACGCUGAGGGAUCAGCGUUUUCGACUGUUCAGAGGGGCUGCCAUUUUAGCGACCUUACGAGUCACUCUAUGAUGGGCAUGGCGGUGGUCCAGCUCAAGUCCCAAACCCACCACAAGGAUAUCCUGGACGCCCUGCACCACCUGAGGCUGCAGGGACACCUGAGUGACAUCACAGUCCAGGUCGACUACCAGGGCCACUCGCGGGCAUUUCAGGCUCACCGGGUGGUCCUUGCUGCCUCGAGCGGCUACUUCAAUAACAUCUUCCUGUCACUGGAUGCCAUCCCAGACCACAUCCCGCUCUCCAACAUGCAUCCAUCUGACUUUUCUGACUUUUUGGAGUUUGUGUACACUGGUAAGGCGAAGGUGGCCCGGGGCAGGAUGGCCGACGUGCAAGCGGCGGCCAAGAUCUUGGAAUGCAGAGAGCUAGCCAGGGUUUGCAGCAUGAAUCGUACAUCCCGGUCGGAUGCGGUAAAGAAAUCAUCACAAGUGACUACGACUGGCAAAAAAAAGAAGCCAUUGAAACGUCAACUGCCUCAGAAGAGUUCAGAGCGGCUUUCAAAAAGACAUAAGGUGAAGACCACCAAGCUCAAACUGAGUUUGGGUGGCCGCAAAGUCUUGCAGAGAAGUAUCCCAACUAGAAGCGAGUAUAAUGGUGAAGAGGAAGAUGACUAUGUGUACUCGUCCUCCCCCACCUCACCUCACUUUGAUGACAACACAUCGAGUCUGAAUGAUACAGAGGAAACAUUGCUGUUGUCCGGGGGCGAGGAAGAGGGCAUCAGGGCGUCCAACAGCACCUCCAAGGGGAAAUUCUCGUGCAGUGAAUGUAAUCGGAGCUUCCACUACGAAAGGAGCUACCUGAAGCACAUGAGCACCUGCCACGGAGUCAAAGCUGACCUGGUUUACCGCUGCGAGACCUGCCAGAAGACCUUCUCCAACCGCAGCAACUUGAGGAUCCAUGAGAAGCACGUCCAUAGCAGUGAGCGGCUUUUCACAUGUGAGAUCUGCGCCAAGACCUUCAAGCGCAAGAAGGAUGUGGUGCGCCACCACAAGCAGGUGCACGAUCCUCAUGUGCACCAGUGCUCCGACUGUGGCAAGUCACUGAGCUCCAAAGCAUCCCUAAAGUUGCACAAGCGGACGCAUAGCGGCAUCAAGGCCUUUGUCUGCACCGACUGCGGAGCGCGCUUCACCCAGAACUCGGCUCUCAAGAUGCACCACAGAAUCCACACGGGUGAGAAGCCCUUUGCCUGUGAUGAAUGCGACUCCCGCUUCACCCAGAAAAGCAUGCUGGCCUAUCACAAGCGCUCGCACACGGGCGAGAAACCCUUCAUGUGCGAGGCCUGCGGGAAGAGCUUUGCCUCUAAGGAAUACCUGCGGUAUCAUUCCAACAUCCACACAGGCUCCAAACCGUUCAAGUGCGAGCACUGUGGCCGGGGCUUCGCCCAGAGGAACUCCCUUCGGCAGCAUUUGACAGUGCACACAGGCGAACGUCCUUACGCCUGCACUUACUGUGACAAGCAUUUCACGCAGCUCAACGCUCUCCAACGGCACCAGCGCAUCCACACCGGUGAAAAGCCCUACAUGUGCGGGUUGUGCAGCCGCACUUUCACUGACAAGUCGACUCUUCGUCGACACACCGCGACUCAUGAUGCCAAUGCCCCGUGGAAGAACUACCUGGUGGUCUUGGAGGGCAACGUGGAGGAGAAGAAAUCCAAGGCUACAACGCAGGAGAAAAAGAGCGCUGCCAAAAAAGCAUCGAAAAGCAACGUCACCUCUCUCGGUGCCGCAGUGCCUCCUGAGUCGGGGGCCAUCACCCUGGUGAAUCAUGACCACCUGGGCAUGAUCACCACCAUCCAAACUGAGAUGAUGUCUCAGGAUCAGGCGGUGACGUCAGAUGGGAGUAGCGGUGGCAUCACGUUGGACAGACCGUUUGCCAUUCCUGUGGAGGCAAACUCCUCCGAAAACACCCACUCGCUCCCCGUGGAUACCCCCUCCAUGUCAUCCCUGCUGGAAGAGGCCGCCUCGCACACCAUUCUGGCUCACGAGGCCGAAGCGGCGCAGCUCAACAUUCUGACCGUGGUCGUGUCUGACAAGAUGUGUAAAGAUGAGCAAAUGCGGCAAAGAGAGCCAGAGAGGAAAGGAGAUGACGGCCAAGCCAAUCCUGAGAACGUGUGAACGUAAAUACGAAUUCCAAUGGACUCCAUGUUUAACAGUCAUGGCUGUAUUAAAUCACAAUUUGAGCUUAUUUUCAGCUGUUGUACUUGCUACGUGAAUUAUGUUGUGAACAUUAAAGGAAUUGAGAUUUUGAAUCAAAGCAGAAAUAGUGGCUGGCAGCACACCAUUCAUGAAAACUAGUUACAAAAAGACGUUUUCUGGUAUGCAUAAUUCAUAAUAUGGGGUUAUGAAUUGCAAAUAAGGAGCCCUGUAUCAACAAAAUAAAUAAAAGAUGUCAUUACA